AGGUUAGAUUACGAAAUGCACGGUACAGUUAUGAGGAACAAACCUUGUUUAUCAUUGCGAUAAGCUGAUAAGAAACAGCAUCAAAACGCAUUACACAUACUUUCCUCGAAUAUUUUCACCGUGAAAAUUAUUGAUUUCAAUAGAUAAAAAUACAAUAAUGUGAAGAUAAAUGUAGUGUUUAAUUCUGUUCGUCGCUAUCGUUGCAUCGUCAGUAGCGAGUGGCGCGGUCCAAGCGACAUACAAUCAUUCGGUAUUCCUUGAGGUGGAACGACCGUGCUUUUGUUUCAAGAGUUUCAAACAAGUUAUAAAAUCUCGGACAUGUGAACGCUCGACACAAUGGCUCUAUCCUCGAAUUGUUGGAAAUAUCUCGUGCUGACAUUCAAUGUUUUAUUCGCAAUGUCAGCAGUAGUACUGUUCGGUGCGAGUGGGUUCCUCUUGUACCGAUUGUUCGUCUACCGUCAUUUUAUUGGCGUGAAUGUGGAAUAUCCGGCUAUAUUGUUGCUAAUGAUGGCCAUCAUUACAUGUUCAAUAGCCUGGAUAGGUUGGCGAACGGCGAAAUCCAUGCACCAGAUACACGUUAUAAUGGCGGGAAUAUUAAUAAUACUCGUCGUGGUGAUCGAAUUCGCUUGUUUCGUCUGGGCGAUGGUUGUGUGGGACAACAUAGAGAUCGACAUCAAGACGACCAUGACAACAUACUUCAUGGACACCAUAGAUAUUAAGGAAGCCAACACAGACACUAUUAGAUGGGAUAGGCUUCAUGUGAAGUUUCAAUGCUGCGGUGUCAGCGGGCCAGGUGACUACAGUUCCUCAGGGCACGUGCCGUUCUCCUGUUGUGGACAGGGACCACUAGACUCCAUACAGAAGCCCUACGUGGCUGACUGCACCACGCUGUUCCAACGUGGCUGCGGGAAUCCCCUGCAUGAAUAUGCGAAGCAGCAGUUGUUAUUGGUCGCUAUGGUGGCAUUGAUAGCUUCUAUUUUGCAGAGUACGGGUAUAUUCUGCACGUUUUUCCUUGCUCAUGCUAUACGGGAGAGGCGACGGGCGUCCAUUCGAAACUCCACUAUAGCCAGAGAGGCGACCUUCGCGGCUCCAGAUGAUUCCCUUCUUACCUCGCCAUCUGCGCCUGCCCCAACCUUGCCAAAAUAUUGAGACUUGUAUAUUUAAAUAGAUUAUGUAGUUUGUAAGUUUUUAUUAAUUUUUGUGGUAAGACAUUUCGUGUUCUGUAUGUUAGUAAUAUGACUGUGUUAUAUUUUUUUAAGAUGUUCGGCCUAACUCAAGUUUAUAUAAGUUUUUUCAAUCGUAAGUAUAAGUAUGCAUGAUCCUAUGUGUUUUCUUUCCAAGAAAUAAAUUUUCUUGAUAGAGAAAUAAACUUAUUUCAACAAACUUACAGUUUUGCAAGAUUGUGAUGAACAAAAUAUAAAAUGUAUAGAUAAUACCCAUAAGUACAUAGAAUAAUAAUAUACUGCAUAUUAUUAUAGAUAUGUGACUCUCUGCGUCUGGGUUCCCGCUCUUGGGAUUUGGGGAAAGUUACAGAUUAAAUAAGACGUGUUGCCAGGCAGAGGGUGCGCUCCCCUUUUCAAGAUUUCAAGGUCAUCUGAACGUACAACCUAAUUAUAUUACUCAAUUUAUUAGUAUGCAUUAUAACAUGUACAAUUUAUAUUACAUGUUAUAUAGAAAUAUUGUGUUGGCAAUGAAUGAACGCGGCGAAAGAGAAAACACAACGUUUAAAAUUGGAAUGUUAUUUGUUUUUUUAAUCAGACCACAGACCCACAGAUCAAACAUUGAACAAAUUGUAUCUCUCUUUGUUGUACCUUUUUUCUUAAUAAUACUUAAACUUAGGUAUUUAUAUAGGUAUAGGAACUUGGUUGUGUGCUUUGGAAUGUGUUUUUUUAUAAUUAAACUGGAUUAUAAUUUAUAAAUAUAAAAAUAAAACUUAUUAAAUGGUCGAAUAAAUAUCUAAAUUUUG